CACAUCGCCCAGGUAUUCCGCUCGAGCUUUCAAACUCAGAGGGCGUCCAGGACCGACAGUGACCACUGCUACUAUGCCCGUUUUUAAUUGAGAAAUUAUUUUAAAACGAAACCUGUCGAUAGCUGUGGAUGAAUAAGUGAAAACUUACGGCAAGUGUGACAAAUAAAGCCACUGUACAGAAUGGCUUCAAUUGGGGAAUUCGACCCUCUUCAUUCAACCGUUCCGGCAACUAAGAUUGAAGUUACAGUCUCGUGCAGGAAUCUUUUGGACAUGGACACAUUCUCCAAAUCAGAUCCCGUGGUCGUGCUGUAUGUCCAAGGCAUCGGGACCAAAGAAUGGAGAGAGUUUGGCAGAACGGAGGUGAUAGAUAACACGUUGAAUCCAGACUUUGUCCGAAAGUUUGUUCUUGACUUCUUCUUUGAGGAGAAACAGAAUCUUCGCUUCGAUGUGUACAAUGUGGAUACAAGAAGUUCAAAUAUUUCAAAACAUAAGGACUUCUUGGGUCAGACGUUCUGCACGCUGGGAGAGAUCAUCGGUUCUGCGGGUGGACGGGCGGAGAGAACACUGUCUGGGAUUCCAGGAAAGAAGUGUGGCAGCAUCAUAUUCGCGGCCGAAGAACUCAGCAACUGCAGGGACAUUGCUACUAUGCAAUUUUGUGCCAAUAAGCUGGACAAGAAAGACUUCUUUGGCAAGUCGGAUCCUUUCCUGGUAUUUUACCGCAGCAACGAAGAUGGCACGUUCACCAUCUGCCAUAAAACAGAAGUGAUCAAGAACACCCUGAACCCCGUGUGGCAGCAGUUUACCAUCCCUGUGCGCGCUCUGUGCAACGGGGACUACGACAGAACCGUCAAGGUGGAUGUGUUCGACUGGGAUAGAGAUGGAAGUCACGACUUCAUCGGCGAGUUCACCACCAGUUACAGGGAGAUCUCCCGAGGACAGAGCCAGUUCAACGUUUAUGAGGUGCUGAAUCCAAAGAAGAAAGGCAAGAAGAAGAAGUAUGUGAACUCCGGCACGGUGACACUGCUGUCCUUCAAAGUGGAGUCGGAGUACACAUUUGUGGACUACAUCCGGGGAGGAACUCAGCUCAAUUUCACGGUUGCCAUUGACUUCACUGCAUCCAAUGGUAACCCGUCGCAGCCCACCUCGCUGCACUACAUGAGCCCCUACCAGAUGAACAUGUAUGCCAUGGCACUGAAGGCGGUGGGCGAGAUCAUCCAGGACUACGACAGCGACAAGCUCUUCCCCGCCUACGGCUUCGGGGCCAAGCUGCCCCCGGACGGCAAGAUCUCCCACGCCUUCCCUCUGAACUCCAGUACUGAGGACCCCAACUGCGUGGGCAUCGAGGGUGUGCUGGAGGCCUACUUCCAGAGCCUGAGGACUGUACAGCUUUAUGGACCCACCAACUUUGCACCCGUCAUCAACCAGGUCGCAGGGCUGGCGGAGGAAGUGACGGACGGCUCCCAGUACUUCGUGCUGCUGAUGAUCACGGACGGGGUGAUCUCGGACAUGGUGCAGACCAAGGAGGCCGUUGUGAAUGCUGCCUCUUUGCCCAUGUCAAUCAUCAUAGUUGGAGUCGGACCAGCUGAAUUUGAUGCUAUGGAGGAGCUGGACGGUGAUGAGGUAAGGGUAUCCUCCAAGGGCCGAUUCGCAGAGCGAGACAUCGUCCAGUUUGUGCCGUUCCGCGACUACAUCGACCGGUCGGGCAACCAAGUGCUGAGCAUGGCGCGGCUGGCCAAGGACGUGCUGGCCGAGAUCCCGGACCAGCUGCUGUCCUUCAUGAAGAGCCGGGGCAUCGAGCCCAGACCCGCCCUGCCCAACAGCACCAACAACCAGGCCCUCAACAUGCGCAUCUGA